AUGGGAAUGAGGAAAUUCCAAACGAUGUUCAACACUAUACACAUAGACGAGAAGUGGUUUUACCUAACCAAAACUAAGGAUAGGUAUUACCUUUUGCCGGAUGAGAAGGAACCUUAUAGAACUUGCAAAAGUAAGAGAUUUAUUAACAAAAUCAUGUUUCUAUCUGCAAUUGCACGCCCAAUCAUAGAUGAACAGGGGAAUGUGCUUUUUGAUGGAAAAUUGGGCAUCUUUCCAUUCACAAAUGUAGAGGAAGCAAAAAGAAACUCAAAGAAUAGAGCAAAAGGCACUAUGGAGGUUAAACCAAUACCAAACAUCACAAAGAACAUCAUGAGGGACUGCAUGAUCGCUAAGAUGUUACCUGUUUUUAAGGCCAAGUGGCCUGCAUUUUCAAGCAAACACAUAUUCAUACAACAAGACAAUGCGAAGCCACACAUCAAGCCUGAUGACCUGGAGUUUCUAGCAGUUGCAAGAUCAGAUGGUUUCAAUUUCCAACUAGUCUGCCAACCUGCGAACUCUCCGGACACCAAUGUCAAUGAUCUUGGCUUCUUUAGAGCAAUACAAACAUUGAAGGAUCAGAAACCAGCCAAGGAUGUGGUUGAAUUACUCAAAAAUGUGCAUGAAGCAUACUUAGAGUAUCCACCACAGAAAAUCAACCAUGUCUUCCUCACUCUACAGGGAUGUUACCAUGAGAUACUCAAAGCUAAAGGGGAUAACAACUACACAAUCCCUCAUAUGAACAAAGAAAGAUUGGAAAGAGCAGGCAUUCUACCAGAAACUCUACAAGUUGAAGAACUCCUAGUGCAGGAGUGUGUGGAGUACCUACAGGGUCUACAAGAUUAUGGCAGCAAUGAGGAGGCAGCACAACAAACCAUGGAGGAAGAAGAGAUGCAACAAAUCAUGGAGGGGUUCAUGCAUGUGCAAAUCAAUUAG